CUUCUAUCGGCAUGAACUCCGACUGCUUGAGUAGUCAAGUUACCCCGUGUAUCUCACUCGUAUUCAUAGAUGCAACAGACAGUUUUAAACUCAGUUGCUGUCAUCGCCAUUCUCUACGAUCAUGAUUAGCGAUUUCUUCCAGCACAGGCGCGAUUGCAAGCGCAAGCAGAUCGAGCGAUCAUCGAAGAUCACAAGCCUGCCGUCCACAUACACUGGGUCUCUGAACCCUUCGGAGCGUAGUAUCCUUGGGAAGCCCAUACAGGAUCUGGUCCAAGAUGUGCAUAAGAAUAUCACAAGUCCUAUUGAUGUGUUGAGGACAUACGGGAAGGUCGCAAUCAAGGCACAAGAGAGAACAAACUGUUUGACGGAAAUAUGUUUCCUUGAGGCAGAAGAGUGGUUGAAGAACAAUGACAUCAACCUGAAAGGGCCAUUGGCUGGAAUACCAGUGUCACUCAAGGAUUCCAUUGCUGUAGGAGGCUUUGACGUGUCCGUAGGAUACUCUUGCAACACCGGAAAACCGUAUGAGAAAGAUGGUAUAUUAGUACAGAUCCUGAAAGAUGCAGGUGCCAUCCCGUUUGUGAAAACUAACCUCCCAGUAACUCUGUUGUCCUUCGAAUCUACAAAUGAUGUUUGGGGAAGGACCACAAACCCGCACAAUAAAAACUACUCACCAGGCGGUUCUACUGGCGGGGAAUCUGCUCUCCUAGCAUUUGGCGGCAGCCGAAUCGGUAUUGGAUCCGAUGUGGCUGGCUCUGUUCGAGCUCCUGCACACUUCUCCGGCUGUUACUCGCUACGAUGCUCCACUGGACGUUGGCCGAAGCAAGGUGUCAAUACGAGUAUGCCAGGCCAAGAGGGAAUUCCCAGCGUAUUCAGCCCGAUGGCACGAACACUCAAUGACCUGUUCUAUUUUACAAAGAGCUUCAUUUCUAUGAAACCCUGGUUGUAUGACCAUUCUGUACACCCCAUGGAAUGGAGGGACCAGAUGGAGACUGACUGGAAGCUGAAGUCGAAGCUGAGAAUUGGCGUCAUGAGAGAUGAUGGCGUUGUUACUCCAUCUCCGGCAUGCGCUCGUGCUCUUGAGCAGGCCGUAACGGCGCUAAAAUCCGAAGGUCAUGAAGUGUUUGACGUUUCACCACCAUCACCUUACGAGGCUCUUCUCAUCGCAUCCCAGGUGCUCAACGCAGAUGGCUGCCGGACCUUCGCCUCCUACUUCCGCACUGGUGAGUGGAUGGACUCAGGGGCCAAACAGAUGUACUCUUUGAUGCGGAUGUUCACCCCAGUCCGCUGGCUUUACACCCUCUGGGUACGGUAUGUUCAGAGAGAUCCUAUUUGGGCCGGCUUGGUUGAGGGUUGGUAUGAGCGGAGCGCCUUCGAGCAAUGGAAGCUAGUGGCAAAGCGAGAAGCAUAUAAGGCCAAAUGGCAUGACUGGUGGCAGAACGAGGCUAAGAUGGACAUCCUUCUCACUCCACCAAAUGCCACUCCCGCUGUGCCGCAUGAUGGUAUGCAUGAUGCAGUCAGUAGCUGUGGAUAUACCUUCCUCUUCAAUCUCCUCGAUUACACUUGUGGGAUCAUACCUGUCACACAUGUUGACGCGAAGCUAGAUCAGCUCCCAGCUAGCUUUAAUUCGAAGAAGUUGAAUGGUGUAGCGCGCGGGGCAUACAAGCACUAUGAUGCUACGAAGAUGGAGGGUCUCCCAGUGGCUAUACAGGUUGUAGGUCAGAGACUAGAAGAGGAGAAGGUACUAUCAGUCAUGGAGAGGAUUGAGCUUGCAUUGGAUGCUCGAGGGGAGAAGUAUCAGUUAUUGGAAAUUGAUUGAACUAAUUGGAAUGAAUGAUCAACCUAAUAUCUAGUCGCUAUAACGCCGUUGCAUCCCUAUAGCCUGGUUGUAUG